AUGGCUGGGUCAAUAGACGACAAACCUUUGCCGGAUGAUGAUGUCGCUAUUGGACAUGUCGAUAGUCAUGACCAGCCGGCCGAUUCGGCACGCGUCGUUGAUCAUAUCGCCGAAAGACAACUUUGCCGGAAGUUUGAUGUACGACUUAUGCCCGUACUGGCCAUUAUGUACCUUUUCAACGCAUUGGACAAGGGAAACUUGGGCAAUGCGCAAACAGCAGGUCUCUCUGACGACCUCGGCUUUCCAAAGUCGCAGUACAAUCUCAUCGUAUCAAUCUUCUUCGUGCCAUACGUCGUAUUUGCACCACCUAUCGCCAUGAUUGGCAAGCGCUUUGGCCCUGCUCGCGUGCUGCCAAUCUUAAUGCUGAUAUUCGGCGCCAUGACUCUAUGCACAGCCGCUACGAGGAGCUUUGGAGGAAUAUUUGCCUUACGUUUCUUUCUGGGAAUGGCAGAAAGCGGCUUCUUUCCGCUCGUCAUCUACUACCUUACCACGUUCUAUCGCCGCGGCGAGCUCGCCCGACGACUGGCCAUAUUCUACGCGGCCUCGAAUAUCGCCAACGCGUUCAGUGGCCUCCUCGCCUUCGGCGUGUUCCACAUCAAGUCCCACCUGCAGUCCUGGCGGUACCUGUUCAUCAUCGAGGGUUCUGCGUCCGUGCUGUUCUCUCUCUUUGCCUUCUGGUAUCUGCCGCAGGACGCGAGAUCGGCCCGGUUUCUGGACGCCGAGGAGAAGUCGCUAGCCUAUCACCGCAUGGCGGUGGACUCCUCGUCCGUCGUCUCGGAGAAGUUCAACCUCCGGGACUCGCUCAAGAUCUUCAGGUACCCCACGACGUACUGCUUCCUCAUGAUCGAGAUCUGCCUCGGCGUGCCCAUCCAGUCGGUGGCGCUCUUCAUGCCCCAGAUCAUCCAGCGCCUAGGAUACGACACGAUCAAGACGAACCUGUACACGGUGGCCCCUAACGUCGGCGGCGCCGCGAUGCUGCUCGUCUUGGCGUUCAGCUCCGAUCUCCUGCGCAUCCGCUUCCCCUUCAUCAUGCUCGGCUUCAUACUCAGCUUCAUCGGGUUCAUCAUUUACGCCGCCAUCACCGACGUCCAGGCCCAGCUGAACCUCGCCUACUACGCCUGCUUCAUGAUGGUUUGGGGCACGUCCGCCCCGUCCGUCCUGCUCUCGACGUGGUACAAUAACAACAUCGCGCACGAGGGCCGACGUGUGGUGCUCACGUCCGUCGGUGUGCCCCUCGCCAACCUCAUGGGCUUAGUCUCGAGCAACGUCUUUCUAGCCAAGGAGGCGCCAAAGUACGAGACGGCGCUAAUCACGACGGCGACGUUCGGUGGUGCGGGUGCCAUAAUUGCGGGGUGUCUGGGCUCUUAUAUGAUAUUCGAUAACUACAGGAGGAACCGGAAGGCCGGUGUGAGACUGGUGGCGCGCGAUGUGCCGACCUAUAAACUGCGCGAUGGUCCCAAUGUUCCGGAAUUUCGCUGGUUUCUAUAG